UUGUUUCUGUGGCCAUGUGUGCUGUUGUGCUUCACUGACCUUUAGUUUCAUGGGGAUGACCAGUAAAUAUCCAGACAACAGCCCGCUGGAGUGAUUUAUGAACGGAUGACAGUCUAGAUUAAUGUGUUUUUGCUGUAAUUCUUGCUGCUCUAGAUGCUAGUGAAGCCUGACUGACUGACACACGAUCAGUGUUAGUGGAUGAAUGUACCGGGAUCCCGCUGAUGUCGGCGGCUCUGAGCCGGAUCCUGAGGCGUGUUUCGCCUCUUCUUCAGACUGUGAGAAUCUGCAGAUCAAACAGCCACAAAACUGAUGAUUUCCUGAAGAACGACGCGGUUCAGAGACGCAUUAAACGCGUGAUCGACGAGCACAAGACUAUCACUAGUCGUUUGGAGAGCGAUCAGCUGACUGAGUCUGACAGGAGAACUUUAAACCUUCAGCUAGUCGAAGUGUCGAAGGUGGUGAACGCGUUUGAGAGAACUCGACUGGCGCUCAGAGAGCUGGAAGAGAUACAGACACUCAUUCACAACGCCGCAGCUGAAGAGCAGCAGAUGCUUUUGCUCUUGCGAGAGGAACAUGAAGAUCUGAGCAGGAGAAUAGAGCAGCUGAACAGGAAGCUGAUCGAGACGUUGGUUCCCGCCGAUGAUCUGGACGACAGGAGCGUCGUGCUGGAGGUGGCGGCGGGACGGACCACCGGAGGAGACAUCUGCCAGCAGUUCACGCGAGAGAUCUUCGACAUGUACCACGGCUUUGCCUCCUACAAAAACUGGGACUUUGAGCUCUGCAAUUACACUCCGGCAGAUUACGGAGGGCUUCAUCACGCCGCCGUCAGGAUCUCGGGCGACUCUGUGUAUCGCUGGCUGAAGUUUGAGGGCGGGACGCACCGAGUGCAGAGGAUUCCUGAAGUGGGUCUGUCGUCACGCAUGCAGCGCAUCCACACGGGAACCAUGACGGUCAUCGUGCUGCCGCAGCCGCGUGAUGUUGACGUUCACAUCGCGUCUAAAGACCUGCGGAUCGACACGUUCAGGUCACGCGGCGCGGGCGGACAGAGCGUCAACACCACCGACAGCGCCGUACGGGUGGUUCACCUGCCCACAGGAACCGUCGCUGAAUGUCAGCAGUUUCGCUCUCAGCUGAAGAACCGCGAUACGGCGCUGCGUGUGCUCCGUGCGCGGCUGUACCAGAGCAUCAUGGGACAGCAGAGAGAGCAGACGCACACCGCACGCAGACAACAGGUGGGCACUCGAUGUCAGUCGGAGAGAAUACGCACUUAUAACUUCAGCCAAGAUCGAGUGACGGACCACAGGAUUGGUCAUGUGACGCGUGACAUCAAGACUUUUACAGGGUUUAGUGGCUCAACAGCAAAUUGUCUGAAAUUUUCCCAAAUCAAGGCCAUAUUCCAGUCUCUCAUCUGUUUGUGUUCGGUCACGGUCAGGCGUUCCUGCGGGGCGGAGAGACUCUGGAGGAUCUGCUCAGACUCCUGCAGGACAGACAUCAUCUGCUCAAACUGAACAACAUCAGCUGAUCCAUGAAGAUGCCGUCAAACAUCAUGAAGCUGCAAACGCAUCAGUCAUGAGGAUCUGAGCUCAUAUUGUCUCAUUGUACAUAUCUCCUGUCAUUACACAAUAUUCUAUAUAUGUAUAACUGUCUGGAAUACAGACCUAGUAAAUGCUGAAGGUCAAACGUCAA